GUAAAAGAUUAGGGUUUGAUAAGUUUCGAAUUCGUCCUAUAUCUCUGCAGGAGAAAAGUUUCGAAUUCAGGUGAACACUGAACAUCCAAUUUCGUGUCUUUGAUUCCUUAUUUGCUUUGCUGUGUUGUUUUCAUACAUGAUUUCUUGCUUUGAGUUGUUAUAUCACCAGCAAUGAUUCCAGGUCCAGGUUCAAACCCUAACUAGUCGAACUAUUGUUGUUACUUUUUAAUUUGCUAACAAUAAUACUGUACUCAUAAUUCUUUUUUUUUUCUUCGGUAAACCACUCAUAAUUCUUUUUUAAUAAGAAUGGACAUUGCUUCAUUUGAAAGUGAAAAAAAAGAAAAGGAUUUUUAUUUAUUUAUUUAUCGGACCUGCUUGAUUGAUAAAUAUGUGUGAAUUGAUGAUGAGGAAGUGACAAUGUAAGUGGAAAGUUACUUCUCUGAUACUACACUUUGGUGUACUUAUUUAACAGUGUAUCAUGCGAAAAUUUUAAGCGUGAAAUUUGAUUUUGUUUUCCUCAUUGAAAUCAUAAUUUAUAUCAAAAAAAUUUUCCCCUAGAUUUGUGUUAGGGGUAUUACUUGUAGUAAUAUUAGUAUCAUGGAUGAGAUAGCCAGGAAGAAAAGUUCUGCGAUUGACAGAAGCAACUGGGAGAGUAGUUUUGAGCUGGAGGCAACUGAAGGAAAUAAAAAGAAGAACAAGGAAAGAAAGAGAAAGCAUGCUACUCAUAAAAUACUCAAAUUGAAUGAAACUCCUGUGGAAAAUUGUACUGGUGAAGCAGCUGACAAACAAACUUGCUCUGUUGAAGGGAACAACAUUCCAUUCAUGUGGAAUAGGGAAGAAGAGAUCCAAAUCCAUAAGAGGAAGAAGAAAAAGGGGAGAAAAGAUAUUGAAGUGAUGAAUAGUAACAUUGCUGAUGAUGAAGAAAUGCAGCUCUUGGAUGACAACCAACAAAGCAAGAUGAAGAAAAGAAAAAAUUAUGAAGAUUCAUUUACUGGAACACAAGAAAUGGGUUAUUCGAAACCAAGCAAAAAAGGCAAAAUGACAGAGUGUAAUGAGAUAAAAAACAAUGGAGGUGAUCCUCCUUUGGAUAGAGUCAGCACAGGAAAUGCUAAUGCACAUUCUCUUGUCGCUGAAGUUGAUUGUGGAGGAAAGAAGAUGGAGAAGAAGAAGAAGAAGAAACUGAGCAACAAAAGUAAAAGCACAGUAAGAGACUGUAAAGGCAAUGAAGGUGAUCAUUCUGUUGUAACUGGAGAGGGGCAAGACAAGAAGACGAAGAUGGAGAAGAUACUGAGCAAGAAAAUCAAAAGAAAUCAAGAUGAAGAGUAUACAACCAAUGGAGGCGAGCCGCGUUUGGCUGAAAGCAAUAUAGUUGAUCUACCUUUAGUCAAAACGAAUGAAGGUGAAAAUGAUGACCAAGGCAAGAAGCUGAAGAAGAAGAAGAAGCUGAAUGAAGAAAGCAAACGUAAGGAAUAUGACGAGUUUGCAAGCAACGAAGGUGAAGAUGAUGACCAAGGCAAGAAGAUGAAGAAGAAGAAGAAGAAACUUAGCGACAAAAGCAAAAGUAAGGCAAACAGUGAGUUUAAAACCAAUGAAGGUGAUCUAUCUUUGGCUGGAGGAGAUGCUAAUGUACAUUGCAAUGUCACUGAAGUUGAUGAUCAAGGCAAGAAGAUGAAGAAAAAGAAGAAAACCAAGGCAGGUACUGGGGAAUCUCCUAACCCUGCACCUGGUGGAACAUCCAAACCCAAACGAGUAACUUUUUCUGACCAAGUGGAGGUUUGUUGUGAUGGCUUAGUGCGUGGGAAAAGGUUUACAAAAGAAGAAGAUGAGAAGAUUAAAGAGGCUGUUUUUGACUAUAUAGAGUCUCAUGGUUUGGGAGAUGAAGGUCUAGAUAUGAUUCUCCAUUGCAGAUCUCAUCCUGAGAUUAGAGAUUGUUGGAAGGAAAUUGGAGCAGCCUUUCCUGAGAGGCCUUACCUUAGCGUGUAUUAUCGUGCUCAUAUUUUGUUUGAAAGAGAUGAGAAACGUAAGUGGACACCUGAAGAGCUUGAAUUUAUACGAAAGGUCCAGGAACAACAUGGAUCAGAUUGGAAAUCGAUAGCUGAAGCAUUGGGUAAAAACCGAUUUCAUGUAAAGGAUGCAUGGCGUAGAAUAAAAUUAACCAAUACAAACAAAGGACGAUGGUCCCAAGAGGAGUAUCAAAAUUUAUUUGAUUUAGUAAACCUGGAUUUACGCGCAAGGGCUUUAGAGGAUUGUAGAAAAUCAAAACAUGGUAUGUUGCGAGAUAAUAUUAGUUGGGAGGCAAUUGGCAACAUGUUCUCCUCUAGAACCAGCCAACGCUGCUGCAAAAAGUGGUAUGAGCAAUUAACAUCACCUAUGGUUGCUAAUGGUGUAUGGAGUGAUACUGAUGACUACCGCCUGAUAAAUGCUUUAUUUACUUUGGAUGCUUGCUGCAUGGAGGACGUAGACUGGGACAAUUUGCUUGAACAUAGAUCUGGGGAUGUGUGUAGAAAACGAUGGAACCAAAUGGUCCAAUAUAUUGGAGAGCAUGGGAGGAAAUCAUUUGCUGAACAGGUGGAAAUCCUUGUGAAGAGAUUUUGUCCCGAUUUAUUGGAAGCAAGAGAAGCCUUUGAUAACAAACCUGUAGUUUGUUGAGGUUAUAAUCUGUGGUUUUCCUGAGCUUUUCGCUCUUCAGCGCCCUACUAUGUCUUAAGAACCAGCCUCCAAGUUCUUUGCUCCUUUUCCCAGGUCCAUGAUGUUCCACCCUCUUCUGUUGGUUUGGCUUCCUGCAUGUGGUUCCCCCCUCCCAGCUUCAGCUCUACAUUGUGCCCCCAACUCUAGCUCUCAUGUUUUUAUUACUCCCUUCUUGUGGUCUUAUGCUGCAAUAUGAUAAUUUCUGUUAAGAAGUGCUCAAAGAACUACAAUGUUAUCUAACAAAACUUUGCUCACAGACUUUAAAUUAAUCAUCUAAAGUAGAUAACUGCAAUAUCAUAAUGUGUUGGUUGCAAAAUCAUAUAUACCAUUACUGCUUAUUGACUUCUCUGUAGUAAGCAGUUCAAGAAGACAAACAGAAAUUUGUUGGUUCUUGGGGGAACUGACUACAAUUAAGGCUUGACAUACCCAUUAUGUUGGAGCUGAAGGUCCAUUAUGCUUUAGUUUUAAACAAAUGUGCCUUUAUUCAUCAUUGGGUAUUAUUCCUCUGCUGCAAAAGGCAUGUCUGAUGCUGUGGACAGUUACUUUCUCUUUCCCCAUUCUGUCAAGAAUGUUUUUGCAUGUGGGAUCUCUUGUAAAUUCAUUUAUUUU